AUGGCCCACAGGGGGAGAGAGGAGGAAGGUGGGAAGAAAUGGGGGGAGGAAGAUACUGGUGGGGGGGCUCAGGACUUGUUUGAGGGUGGCCAAGAGGAACAUUAUGUUUCCUUUUUUAAACUUGCAGCUGAAGCGCCAGCGAUACAGAGGCAAGGACCCACAAACAGGGAGAGGAGAGCAGCCUCUCGUCAGACUCCUGCAGAGGCAGCAGCACAGGCCUGUGCAGCAGAGGAGCCCCAGGAUACCAGUGGGGCAGAUGUGCAAGAGCCGCCCGUACAGUCUGAAGAUGCUGCUGCCAUAGUUGCUGCUGCCGGGGUAAGUGGCCAAGGGCUGGAAGCAUCAUCUGUGGAGGGGCCACCUUGGACUGUAUGGACCUCCGCGAGCUUGCCAGACACACUCCAGCCUACAAUUGCGCAGCAACGCAACCAAUAUCUACGCCAAAGGCACUGGAUGGCCCGCAUUGAUGGCCAUCUAGUUGACCUGAGGCGGGAAUUGGCUGCGUUGAAGCAAGACCUCAUUGGUGUACUGCGCGAGAGUAGGCUGGUGAGAGAGCGCCAACAUUGCAAACGUCAGGCAAGUGAGGACCGGCGCACAAAUGCUCUUCUGGCAGUCCUGGGUCACGCACUGCAUGCGCCUGCCUCUGCCGGAUCUGACAAGGGGUCAAUCCCUGGGCCCUCUUUUGCACCUCUACUACCACCUCCAUGUGCUGCCCAACCAGCUAGGGCAAAAGGGAGUGGAAGGGGGUUUGACCCUGUCUGUGGGCCCACUAAAAAGGCCAAGUAGGUGUCCUAUCAGGGUCCCUACUGUCGCUUUCCAACCUCAAGUGGACUAUACCUCUUCACCCAGGCCCUCUCUGACAACAAACUGAACUGAUGCAUCUUUUCAGGACUCACAUGAUCCGCUAUACAAUCUGAUGGGAAUGAGCACCGAACAACAAGUCCCAUUGUUUUUCAAAUCCUCAUCCAUAAGUACUGCAUUCUCCUCACUGAGGGGCGCCAUAACAACAUAUUGUGGUGCCUUUUCCAAUAACAUCUGGGAAACACUUAUCUAAUUGCAUCUAAUUGCUCUUACACGUGUAUUUGUGUGUUUGGCCGAUUACUAAUUUGCCUAGACCUGUGUGUUGGCCUAUUUGAACAAACAUGCACAAGAGAAGCAAAUGUUUCAUCCAUAUUUGCAACAUGCCAAAUUCUGUUUCUUUGGCCAAAUCUGAAACAUCACCGCAAACCCCAUCCGCAGUUCCACCCCCCACCACACAUAAAAAAAAAAACAUUGGUGGCUACGGUCCCCACAUGUUAAAAAAAUAUUGGUGGCU